AAAAACAUUCCACGAUUUCCGUUUAUCUAAUCCACAGUAACUUUAUCUAUUUACCUACAGAGAUUUGAGAAACAACGAGAUGAAAGAGCUCCCGUCAGGGAUAUUUUCAAAUCUCUCUUCCUUGCAAAGACUGUAAGUUAACGAAGCAUUAUUUCAUUAUUUUUUAUAUAAAUGACCUCGAAGGAUACAAUCACCUCUUUUGGCACCUGCAGGUUGGGGGAGGAGGGGUGGGGAGGGGGUCCACGGUCGAUUUAUUACCCAUAGUUUGGCUUCGUUUUUAGCUUCCCUUUUUUAAGUCUUUAAAGUUUCUCUUUCAACCACAGUCCUUUGAGUGCAUACAAGUCAGAAGCAACCAUGUCUGGAUUAACCGAAAUUCAGGCUCGUCUUUCCGUCUGUUUCCAUCGUGUUAUAUGUCUGAAUUCCUUCACCUUCUCUCUUAUUUUUCUGAUAACCUUGCUUGACUAACUAUUGCUAAAAUUGCUCUGCUAGAAUUACUUUGCCUUGCCUGUUUGCUCGGUAACUUUUUUUAAAAGCCCAGACUAGGCUAAAGGUUUUUGCGAUGUUCGCUUGCUAAGAAUUUACAAUAGCGCUAGCUAUGCCGUUUUUAAACAUCAUACUUAUCCCUUGAACAGUGCAACACGUAUGUGUUGCGCUGAUUUUGGAAGUGCUUCUUCUUCUCGAUAAUCAAGUAAUAAAAGAAAUCACCUAAAUGCAAAUUAUGACAGAAACUUGGCACGCCCAAGAAUUAACGACCACUCGUAAAAGCUUGGGUUUGUUCUGGAAAGGCGUCGCCUUAAACAAUUUAAAACCCUUACUGCUUAAAACCUUGAUGGGUGAAUUUAGAAUUUAGAACAAUACAGUAGACCGUUUCUUGAUACGAUCCUUCUGAUAGGCAAUAUCUUCCGGUUCCAACGUCAGCACUCACUUUCACGUUGAGACUUCUAGUAUACAAAACGUUGGAAUUCUCCAGUUGCUUACUUCCUUAAUAACAUUUCGUCACCUUUAUAAAGAAAGAAUAGAUGGCUUGAAAUUUUUCACUCCCAGUUUUAUCAAGUUGGCGAUUUUUUUUUUGUAUUUUAUUUAUUUAUUUUCUUUUUACAGGUAUAGUACAAACAACAUACAGAUCGAAACAUACAAACAUUACAAAAUUUACAACAACUACCUUAAUUACAAAAAAAAAAAAAAAAAAAAAAGAAAAUAGAAUAAAUAAAUAAAAAGCUACACUGCACUACACUACAAGGCUUACAUAACUUAUUCGACUUGAACUUAAAAUACAGAGUAAUACAGGGAGUAUUAGAAAAACGAAGUUUGGAUAACAACUACUGUUGUAUCAAUGGGAGUAACGGCUUCCAUUUUUUAUCAUGGAAAUGGAUUUUGUUGUUUCUUCUCGCGAUAAAACGUACGGUUUGAAACGUUUUUUUAAAUUUAUCGACUAACAGUCUUACACAUAAACAGCCCUUAUUUAACUUACAGCUGUAAAUAAAAUAUUUGCUUUCAAGAAUGAUGUAAUUGACUAGAAUGCUUAUAUUAUCUGUAUCUAAGAUCCCAAAAAGGACAUUCAUGAUAUCAAACCUAAUAGUUAUAUUAAAAGAAUCAAGUACAGACUUUAAAUCAUUCCAAAACAUGCUUACUUUUGUACAAUGGAAAAAGAGAUGUUCUAUGGUCUCCAACUCCUUUUCACAAAAAUCGCACAAGGGAGAAUCUACUUUUUUGAACUUAAACAGCAUCUUGUUCGUGUAUAAGAUCCUGUUUAAUAUUUCAUAUUGGAAUUCUCUUAAUUUAGUAUCCAAUGUUGUUUUGAAGGGCAGUAGAUAUAUCUUUUCCCAGUCCAACUGAAAUGUGUGUGUGCUGAAAGCUUCGUUAUAUUUCUUUUGCGCUGUUGGUAUACUGGAUAUCUUAGAAACAAAACUGUCAUAUAAUGACUUUGAUUUAAGAUUUUGGAAAUUGACUUUUUUCCCUUCAAUACGUAACUUGAAAUCAGUUUGGAUUAGAUCAUGAGUUUUUGAAGAGAUAGAGUUUUUAUUUGUUUUUAAUAUUUUGCGCCAUUCUUCAGGAAAAGCAUUGAAGAGACUGAAAAGUAGAAAAUGUUCAGCUGGUUAGAGAGUUGAAUACAAUGGUUCCUUGUUCGACUUGAAACCUCCCCACGUGUCGUAGAGGUCUCCAAUUUUUACAAUUCCAAGAUCAAUCAGCCUACUGUUAUAGACUGACUUUGAUUCAAUGCAAAUGAACUGGUUGUUCCAUAUGACCUGAUUUGCUAUUUCAGAGGAUGAGGAGGGGUUGUCUUCAUUUAAAAGGGUCCAAAAAGAUGGGCCACGCUGCUGAUCAUUUAGACUGUCAAUUUCUAAAGUUAUUGCAUGGUGAUCCGUUCUUAUAGCUGUCACUAUGUCGACUUUAGCUACGUCAUCUUGUAAUAGGUCACUAAUGAGCCAAUAAUCAAGGCGUCUUUGAAUAAUUGGGCUUUUUUGUCUCCAAGAAAAUUUCUUGCUAUUAGGAUUACGGAUUCUCCAGAUGUCAACUAAAUCAUAAUUCAGCAUAAUGUCCUCCACACACUUAACUGAGUCUUUUAACACAGGGUUUCCACCCGAACAAUCUAGGUCUGGGUCCAUAGUUACGUUCCAAUCCAUCUUGAAUAGUUGUCUCUAAACUGAUGAGGUACCUUCCAUCCUCAUCCGAUCGAAUUGAUUUCAAUUUGAAGUCAAAGGAUUUACGUAUAAGGAUGGCGACCCCACGACUAUGGUUAGAGCCAUGAGUAAAGUAAAUGUCCCCGGACCACUGCUUUUUCCAUUGAUUUUCAAUCUCUUCAGUGCUGUAAGUUUCCUGCAGAAAGCAGAUGUCUGAAUUUUGCUUGUAUAGCCAGUUGAAAAUGGACUUACGUUUUUCAAAAGAACGGAUACCCCGAACGUUCAGCGAAAGAGUUUUAAACUUUAAGUUGUUGAAAUCCAUUGAAAUUUGCAUACGUGUAGUGGAAAAAAGACAACAACAGUAGCUGUUAUUCCCAGAAGGGUCACUGUUACUCGAACAAUUAACGCAUUCCUGAUUUUGUCAAGUGCAAACUGAAUAAAUAUAGAAUAACAUACAUAACAAAACAAAAGAAACGAGAUGAAAAACGUAGCCAGUGUAAAGAAUUAAACUGUUGAAGCUACGCCUGGACGAGAUCAAGUGUUAUACUUUUGUUUAAAUCGAACUUCAGAAGAGAGCUAAGGAAUAUGCUAAUCGAUAGCUCCCAAUAGAAACGAAAAAAAUAAGAAGUGAACUACUUCCUGCGAAGUUGGCGAUGCCUUGUCCAGCAUACAGCGCCCUCGUCCUACUUCAGUUCGUAAGGAUAAAGAAAGCCGCGUCAGAGUUUUUUUCCGUUCAGAUGAGUUAAACAUUUUUGAAAACAAGAAAAAAAUGAGAUUUAUUUCUAAAAGAAAUAAAUGGUUUUAUACUGAAUGUGACUGAUCAAUAUUGUAUCUCCACCUACCAGCAAAGGAGGUUUUUCCUGUCAUCCGGGUGAUUUGUCACGAAAGUGUCAUUCAUGUCACGGGUCAUGUAAGUCAGGAAAGCGAGGCACAAGGCCUCCUUCCUUGCGUUACAAGACAGUCAGAAACACUAGUUCCUUGCUCUUGGCUGUGGCGGGUGUGCCCUCACCUUUUCUGGGAUAAUGUUCUUGUUUAUCUGGUUUUCCCAGCUUUAUAUGCUUUAAUUUAAUAAACGGCCACUCCCGAGGCCAAAAUAUCCCAUAAUGGGUUUGUGAUUAUUUUGUGUCCCAGCAAACAGAGCUCACCCAAAGCUAGCCUCUGUUAACAUCAAUAACUGACUUAAUUUGUAAAGGAAAGUUUAGCAUAAAUACUAAUUUCGAAAGAAAAGACUCUUAAAAGGCGAGGAAGUCUCAAGAGGCCAUAAAGGCUUAUAGGUCAGACUUCCUCUUUAUAUCAGACCUAGUUGUUAUUAUAGGUUUUAGUUAAAUCUUUAGGCAAUAGAAAACGUUUUCCGUGUUUGCAUAGCCUGAUAUGAACACGAGAGGGAUUGGGAGAAUUCGAGGCAGUUAUGCUACUGUAAUUCAAGUCAACAUAAAUCCUCUUACUCUUACAAUCAUUGUAUGAUAGAUUUCUAAUAACAAAUUCUCAUUUCAAGACAUCUUUCACUUUAAUGUUCAAAUCAGGUACCUUAAAUCCUUUAAAAACUCUGCUACACUGCAUCUUGGUUGGGUUUCACAACCGGACACCCACUCAGCGUGUCUUCAUCAACCAGAACUCCUCUUAAAGUUUUAAUAUAGACUGUGGUGUUCCACAAGGUAGCUAUAGCGACAUAGGGUCGAUUUUAUUUAUCAUUUAUCUGGGAGAUUCAACGUCGUUAAGAACCACCUACCUAGUAUCCAUAUGUAUGCAGAUGACAUCCAGCUGUAUUUGUCCUUCUUGCCAUUGUCGACAUCUCCUUAAGAUGAUGUACUCAGAGCAAUCCAAGCUUCAGUCUCAGACAAAAAUAGUUGGGAGCCUUCCACCCAACACUGUAUCUACUUCUGGCCCGUCUCCUCGUCCUCCCAAUGUUGUUUAUCGCGGUUAACUCUCCAAAUCUUGCACACCAACAUUGGGAGGGCGAGAAGACAGCAAAGCGCCCCAACAAUUUUGACUGAGACUGUUGUAUCGCAGAAGUUCAAGCUUGGAUGGUCACCAACCGACUCAAGAUAAACGAUACAAAAACGGAGUUUCCCUUUGUGGGUUCGCGCCAACAGUUGAGCUAGGUACAACUUGAAUCAGUCACUGUCGAAGAUUCUGAAAUCAGAGUCCGUAAUCUCGGGGCAUGGUUUGACGGGUACUCAUAUGAGCAGUCUACAGUAAGGCCUUCCGCGAUCUAUAUUUCAUCAGACAGAUCCGAAAGUAUCUAUCGGAAGAUGCUACCAAAGUCCUGGCUCAUGCCUUUGUAACAUCUCGUCUCGUCUAUAUUGCAACUACCUGCUCUUUGGUUUUCAAAAUACCAGCGUGAUCGGCUGCAGAGGAUUCUUAGCAUCUGCAUCUAACCGCAUUGUCUGCUUGGUACCCAAGUUCAGUCACCACACACCAGCCUUUAUAAUCUACAUUGUUUACCAGUGCACUAGUGCUACAAGUGCUACCCGUCCACCGAGCUCACGUUGGUGUUGGCCCUGUUUACCUAAAGAAGUUUCUAAGUUUUAA